UGGAUCGCUGCUGAGUUGUGCGCCGUCAGCGUGUGCCGUCGUUAGAGAUGCAAACUAUCGGGAGCGGCGCGCUGUCCGGCCUCGGCAGAGCAGGCCCCGACGAGGCGUAUAGCCCGGCCCAGUGAGCAGGUUGGCAACAUUUCACCUGCACACUCGACGACUGUUCACCCGACGCUGGUUUUGCUUCCUUUCGUCGGCGCCCUGCGGUGACGAUCCUGAUCUUAAACUGGCAGGCGGAUGGGCACUGGAGCUACGAGACUGCCACCUCUGCGUCGAUCUCGCGCCGCCGCCGCGCGGGGCUGGCCUCAUCCGAGGCACGGCGGGCGCGGUCGCGCGCAGUGGGCGGUUGGAAGUCUGCUCAAGCUGUGAGAGCCGUGCGAAUUCCGGCCAUGGAGCUGGUGGCCCUGCUGCCGGUGUUGCUGGUCGUCCUGGUGCUGCUCCUGUUGUACAAGUACGGCACGCGCAACUACGGGACUUUGGAGAAGCUCGGCAUUCCCGUCAUCAAGCCGUACCCGUUCGUGGGCAGCGUGCCGCGCCCAUGGCGACUCUAUCUCAGGGAGGAGGACUUGCGCCACGCGAAGCAGUUCAACGGCGUGUGGGGUCUGUAUGAGGGCCCCACACCCCAGGUGUUCAUCGCUGACCGGGAGAUGGUAAAGCGCAUUUUUAUCAAGGACUUUAGUAAUUUCAGCGAGCGAUUUGUUGCCAACUUUUACUCUUCUGCCACGAAAGACCUGCUGGACAUGCUUGUGCACGACCGCUGGAAGGUGGUGAGGGCGAUCCUGACUCCGGCUCUGUCUACGGGCGCUAAGCUCAAGGCCAUGAUGCCCACUUUGGAGCAUUGUGCGCGCGACGCCUGCACACGCUUGGACCAGGAGCUGCUCAAGAGUCCCGUGGUGCAGAUCAAGGACGCUUUGUUCGGGCCGCUGGUGCUGGACGCCGUCGCCCAGUUCACAUUCGGCCUGAAAGUACCCAACAUAAGCGACAGCACCCACCCGUUCGUCAAGGCGGCCAAAACCUUUGGUGGCGACGAGUUCUCCAGUCCGGUCAUCUCGGGCUUGCUGACCUUCUCGCCGAAACUCAGCUCGAUGCUCAUGAGCAAGUUCAUGGCGCCGCCGCUCCAACUGCUGACGGAUAUCCUGCGCAAGUCGGUAAAGGAGCGACGCGCAACCGGCGCCGACCGGGCGGACCUAGUCGGCGCCCUUAUCGACGCCAUCGACAACAAGGUGCCGACGAAGGAGUUUCGCGAGCUCGACAUCACCGAGGACGUGCUGCUGCUGCAGGGUGCCAACCUGCUCAUGGACGCGUACGAUACCACCGGCAACACGCUGUCUCUCUGCGCCUACCACUUGGCCACCAACCCCGACGUGAUGGCACGGGUGCUGGAGGAGAUCAGCGGCGUGGAGCUGACGUACGAGGCGCUGCAGCAGCUGCCGCUGCUGGAGGCCGUGAUGCAGGAGGCGCUGCGCGUGUCGCCGUUCAUUCCGCGUCACCAGCGGACCUGCCAGCGCGACUGGCAGUGCGGCAACCUGCGCUUGCCGGCCGGCACCUGUGUCACGAUCCCCGUCUGGCCGUUACACCUCGACCCGGAGGUGUUUCCGGAGCCGGAGCGCUUCCUGCCAGACCGCUGGCUGGGCGAGGAGGGUCGCCAGCUCGGCCAGUACAACUGGAUGCCGUUCGGCCUGGGGCCGCGCGCCUGUAUUGGCAUGCGGCUGGCCACCAUGGAGGUCAAGUUCGUGCUGGCCUAUGUGCUGCAGCGCUACCGGCUGAUCGCCGCACCCGAGACAAAGCUGGUGUACCGCAAGGGCACUUCAGUCUUCUCUGGCUUCUACCCCAUCCACAUUAAGGUUGAGAAGCUGUAGACGGACGCACCAGCUCGGAUGUGCGAGCAUCGUG